GACUGCAGGUUUGGACUAUGAGUGACGGUAAAAGCACACUAUGCGCCAUUCAGAAGGCAUAGGACAUAACAGGAAGGAAGGGUAUUUCGCAGCAGGAUGUCCUAAAAAUGCGUUCCGUAUGAAUGUCCUAAAAGAAUUUGAAGAAUGCGCCAAAUAAGGCGCCGUGUCACGUGUUGUUAGAGCCGUCCCCAGGCUUAGCGUCACGUGGUCAGCUUAGAGUCACAUGUUCGUGACGUCACCCGAGGCCGUUUAGCAACUUGGAACUAGCAGCUACCAUCAGGCCAGGGCUUUGACACCCUGCGCAUCAGAACUCGGCCAGGGUCGGACCCAGUGACACCCAUUCCUCCUCCUCCUGCUGCCGCCAGCAAUUACACGGGCGCUAAUCCCUUCUGAAAGCCGCCUCUAUAUAGCUCUGGGGGAUAUGUUUCCACCGCUGCUUUUUUUUCUUCUUCUAAUUUUUGGUCAUGUGUAUUUGCAGUGACGAUUUGAUCAAUUUAUCCCGCAUUAGUGUUGUGAGGACUUGGAGGAAAUGACCUAGAGGCCUUACAGUUACAUUGUGUGCAUUCUUGUUACAGACUACCAUCCACAGCGGAUUCAAUCUGGGAGCUGCACUUGUUUCCAUUGUAACAUUAUUAACUACCUCAAUAAACACAGAGGAAGAGGAGGGAGCUUCCAACAGCGAAUCUCUCAUUUUACCUUCUUGCAUUUUACCUCUCUGAUCAGAGAUGAGAAGGACACAAUAUUAAGGGCACUUCAAGUUUUGCAGACUGGAUCUGCUAGAGAUUACUUUUUUUUUUUUAAAUUUAAUUUGCUGUCCCUGCAAGGGAAGAGGGUUUUCAUCGCUGUUGAUCAGUGUUUUUGUUCUGUUUCCAAGGAGGAGUAGAUUCCUUAUAUGAAACUCCAAGUUGCUUGGCAUUUAAAGGAUUAUUGAAGUUUUUUUCCCCUUAAGUUAAUUUAAUGUCCAUUGACUGGCACUGGACAAUUUUUUGAGCUUGUACUUCUCUGGUCGGUGAUUGCGCGAAGGGUUGAUACAAAACAUAAAUAACACAGGAGCCUACAACAUUUUGCAAUUAUUUCAGCCGGCUUCAAAAGUUCAAGUUGUAAACUGCAGCAGGACUGCAAGGAAUACUACAAAAGUCAGGAAAAUCACUGCCUUUAUCACUGCUUACACAGAUUAUCCAGAGCCUGCCUUGUGGAAAUGCCUUUUACUAAACCUGUCUUUGCUGACUUCAUUUAUUAUUUGACAUAGCCGGUCAACUGAAGGCGUAUUUCUGUUGCACCAGCAAGUUAACUUGUGUAGCCUGUGAUUUGUAGGACACAUAUGUAUUGCUGUAGUGCUCAGGAAAGUAAAAUGGACUACAAGAGGCGGUUUUUGCUUGGCGGGUCCAAGCAGAAGGGGCAGCAACACCAGCAGUACCAGAUGCCAGAGCUCAGCCGGACUCUGAGUGCACCUUUAGCAUCCACAACUGCCGCAUCAUCCUUAGUUUCCUUGGGUAACAGUGGCAGUUGCCCCCAUUCUGCAGCCCAUACAACCCCUAUUGCAGACAUCCAGCAGGGUAUUUCCAAGUACCUGGAUGCUCUUAAUGUUUUCUGCCGUGCCAGCACUUUCCUAACAGACCUUUUCAGCAGCGUUUUCCGAAAUUCGCACUACUCUAAGGCAGCUAUGCAACUGAAAGACGUGCAGGAACAUGUCAUGGAGGCCGCCAGUCGACUUACAGCAGCAAUAAAACCAGAGAUUGCAAAAAUGUUGAUGGAACUAAGUGCUGGAGCUGCUAACUUUAAAGAUCAGAAUGAAUUCAGUCUGCAGGACAUAGAGGUACUUGGUCGCUGUUUUUUGACAGUGAUGCAGGUUCAUUUUCAGUUCUUGUCCCAAGCUUUGCAAAAAGUUCAGCCAGUGGCCCAUUCAUGUUUUGCUGAGGCAAUUGCACAAGAGCGGAAGAGUUCUUCAGGAGCUUCAGGUCUGAACCCUACAAGAGAUUUGGAAGAGGCAGUGAGAUCUUGGAGAGGUGCUACGGAGGCUACUUGCCGUCUGCGUGAGAGGGGAUGUGAUGGCUGUUUGGCUGGAAUAGAAGUCCAGCAGCUUUUUUGUUCUCAAAGCCUAGCAAUACCAGACCAUCAUCUGAAGGAGCUGAACAUGAAAAUUGACAGUACUUUACAGGCAUAUAAAAUAGCUUUGGAAAGUUUAGGUCACUGUGAAUACGCAAUGAAGGCUGGCUUUCACCUAAACCCAAAAGCUAUUGAAGAACGUUUGAAGGACUGUUGUAACGAAGCUGAGGCACAGCAAGCAGGAAGGAGGCAGACACCACCUCAGCCAAUACAGUGUGAGCUUCCAACCAUACCUGUCCAAAUAGGCCCUCACUUUUUGAAGGGAACAUCUUUUAAUGAGUCAACAACAGAGAAUCUUAAACUGAAAAUGCACGCAAUGCGACAGUUAAUUAAAGAUGCUGACAGACACAAUGGAAUUACUGACAGAGAUGAGACUGCGGUGACCGAGGUUCUCAAUCAAGUCUGUCCCUCUACCUGGAGAGGGGCUUGUAAAACUGCAGUGCAGUUAAUUUUUGGCCAAGCCGGACUGGUGGUAGUUGACACGGCGCAAAUUGAGAACAAGGAAUCGUAUGCUCCACAAAUAAGUCUUGAAGGAUUAAGAAUACUUGUACAAGUUCCAUCUACAUGGUGUUUGAAAGAGGAUCCAGCUACUAUGUCUCUGUUGCAGAGAAGUCUGGAUCCAGAAAAGACUCUUGGGUUGGUUGAUGUGCUAUACACUGCAGUAUUUGACAUCACAAGAUGGAAAGAAGGCCGUGAGCAAGCUUUACCAAUCAUCCAAAUCCAGUUACAGCGUGAAUCAUCUGAAUUUGGAAAUCAGAUGGAUCUCCCACAUGGGAAUGGUAGUAAGUCAACAGGAGGACUUCAGAAGACUUUUUCUAAACUUACUUCAAGGUUCACAAAGAAGGCUUCAUGCAGUGGUUCAAAUCACAGUGGGAGCUAUUCUGUUCCUCAGACACCUUCCAAAAAUAUCUUAACCACUAAUAACUCGGAUGAAAAGGCAAAAAUCUCCAGUAAUAUGGACUCAAAGUUGCAGAGCAUCUUAAACAUUGGUAGUUUUCCCAGGUCCGCAGAUGCUUCACAUAAUGCUCAGAACACAAGCUGCCAGUUAGUAAAUGGGUUCCUUGUUGACAGACGUGGAGAUCUGUUUAAGGGAGAUGAAAUGAAAGAUGACAAAGGGAUGAAUUUGCCCACUGACCAAGAAAUGCAGGAUGUUAUAGAUUUUCUGUCUGGCUUUAACUUGGGUAAGUCUCAGCAGAGCUCACCUGUGGUCAAAAGAAAGAAUUCAGCUACAUCAUCUGGAGCAACAGAGCAAAAACAGGGUACUGUAAAGCCACAGUCCCAGUCGGUGUCACAUGUUCCCAUACAUCCAACACCACAGGGAUUGCUGCAACAACCACCACAGCUGCAGCUGUCGCAGAAACAGCAGCUACAGUACUAUCAGCAUUUGUUUCAACCAGUUGGUCAGCAACAGCAGCAGCAGCAACAACCGCCACAGUCUCACGGACCUGCAAAAUGGCCGAACAAUUCCACACAGCAGCCAGCACAAAGUGUUGGAAGUGGAGUACCUCCCCAUAACCAGAUGAAUCAGUGGAAUAACCAGGGUGUGUCUGAUCUAAGUUCUGACUUGUACAGCUUGGGUCUUGUCAGCAGCAUCAUGGACAACAUGAUGUCAGAAAUGUUGGGACAGAAACCACAAGGACCUAGAAAUAACACCUGGCCAAACCGGGACCAAAGUGAAGGAGUUUUUGGGAUGCUGGGAGAUAAUUUGCCUUUUGAUCCUGCAGUUGGCUCAGACCCUGAGUUUGCUCGGUAUGUGGCUGGGGUAAACCAAGCUAUGCAACAAAAACGGCAAGCACAGAAUGUCCGUUGUCCAAGGAGCACCCGUAGCAACUGGCCCCAUCCUGAUGAUUCUCACAGAACAUGGCCUUUUCCAGAAUAUUACACAGAAGGUGAUGUCUUGAACAGGAGCUGGUCGGGUACUCAGGGAGACUCUGCCAGCUCCAGUGAUGAAACCUCCUCAGUUAAUGGAGACAGUUUGUUCUCUAUGUUCUCAGGGCCGGACCUUGUUGCUGCAGUUAAACAGAGGAGAAAACACAGUAGUGGUGAGCAGGAUACUAGCACGUUGCCAUCACCACCUUUACUCUCCUCAGUAGAUGAUUUGAAUCAGGAGAAUAAAACCAAAACAUGGCCACCCAAAGCUCCAUGGCAGCAUUCGUCUCCACUCACCAACACAAUGCCCAAUCAGAGUUCUUCUAUUUACCAAAUGGCAAAUCCUGUGAGCCAAUGGAAUGACACCAUGCAAAUGCUACAGUCACCAGUUUGGUCCACAGCCAGUGACUGCGCUCCUCCAACAGGGAUUUCCUCCACAUUUGCCUACGCACAGCAACAAUCACAGCAGGCAAAUAAGGGCUUUAAAUCUUUCCCAAUGAAGCAUGAACGGAGACCCUCGUACCUGCACCAGUUCUGACAGUGACAACAGCAAUGGCAAAUCGAGACAAACUGUCAGUUUAACACCAAUAUGUCUGCUUUGUUUCUGGCAAAUCCACUCUCUAGAAACACUUAUUUAUUUUUUUUUCUAAAUAUGUAAGAGUGAGUUUGUAAGUGUUAUGAUCUUGUGUUGAGCGGAAGAGAAACAAACGUGUAGCCACGUCUUAUACAGAGAGCAGACAACUGCUUUAUACACUCACACGUUGUGCUUCGCUAUGAAAAAAAAAGCACAGUUAAAUUAAAAAAAGGGGGGGGGCUUUCUCCCCUUCUUGAAAUGCUCUAGCUUUUGGUUGCAGUUGUGGUGGUCUGAUCUUUUCUCAGCAAAACAUGCCUCUUUUUGCUAAUUUAAAAGCUAGUUUUGAAUUUUGUAUAACAGAAGUUUCAAAAACAGACAUUUUCUAUCUAUGGGCCUUGCUGGCCUUUACUGACUGUUGAAACCUCUCAUGGUAUGUUCUGUUUUAUUAUGUGUGGAGGUAUGAAAGGUUAAUGCAACAAGAAUACUAUCCAUGU